AUGUCCAAGCCCCAUCGAGAGCUUAAGACCAUGAGUCUCAUGUUAUAUGUCUCGACCCAUGGAAAGUCCAAGCCCAUAAAGUCGGGAAACGAGUCAGCUAGGAUCAAGGAUGCGGCAGCUACAAGAGAGAUGGGUUACUUGAUAGUUAUGCAAUUGGCAUCGCCUGCGGGUUCCUACAAUAACAAGGAUUUACUAUGUUGCGGCUGUCCGGGGACGAUGCCGAUUUUUUUUUAUUUAUUUAAUAGAUCGGCAAACGAGCAGACGGAUUACCUGAUGGUGUUUUCGAAAGUAAAGCAACCAAUAAAGGUGUAUGAACUGGAUGAGCGCGACGAUGGUACAGCGAUCCAAGAAAAUUUGGCUGCAAUAACUGGUUUCAGGACUGUACCUCAAGUGUUCAUCAAUGGCAACUGUGUGGGAGGAGGCACUGACGUCAAGGCCUUACAUGCUUCUGGCAAACUAGAGCCCAUGCUCAUUGGAUAA